AUGGCUAGCCAUCAACACACCACCCCCCUGAGGAUUGUUCUUGUAGGGAAAACUGGCAGUGGGAAAAGUGCCACAGGAAACUCCAUCCUUGGGAAGAAUGUAUUUGAUUCCAAAAUUGCUUCUUACUCUGUCACCAAGACCUGCCAGGAAGCUUCCCGGGAAUGGCAGGGGAGGGAGCUUCUUGUUGUGGACACUCCAGGGCUCUUCGACACGAAAAAGAAGUUGUAUACCACCUGCAGGGAAAUCAGCAAGUGUGUCCUGUCCUCCAGCCCAGGGCCUCACGCCAUCCUCAUGGUCAUACAGUUGAACCGCUACACCGAGGAGGAGCAGAAAACCGUGGAGUUGAUCAAGAUUGUGUUUGGGCAGUCAGUUAUGAAGCACAUGGUCAUCCUGUUCACUCGCAAAGAUGACUUGGAGGACAUGGACCUUCUCAACUUCAUAUCAGAAGCAGAUGUGAAACUGAAAAGCAUCGUCAAAGAGUGUGACAACCGCGUCUGUGCCUUCAACAACAAGGCAGAAGGGCUGGAGCAGGAGGCGCAGGUGCAGGAGCUGGUUCAGCUGAUAGAGAAGAUGGUGCAGAAGAACGGAGGGUCUUACUUUUCUGACCCCAUCUAUAAGGGUGCAGAGGAAAGGUUGAAACAGUGGAUAGAAAGACAGGAGAAAAUCUAUGAUGAUCAAUUAAUGAAUGAGAUUGAAGAAAUAGAGAAGGAAUAUGACGGCAAAUUCCAACAAGAAAAGGAUAAAAUUUUUGAAAAACAAAGGGAACACUAUGAAAAUUUAAAAAAACAUGUAAGAGAAGUAGCUGAGAAGAAAGUACUUGAAGAAAUAUUGACUGGAGGUGCCGAGCAGUGGCUGAACUCACUGAUUGCACAAUCUACAGGCUGCAAAGAAUCAGGUUUAAGCUCCCUCUUUCUGCCUAGAAAUGGGGAAUAUUCACAAGUAGGGAUACUGGGCCACAGUCCCUAA